AUGCCAACCGCUCUGACUCUCCCCAACAUCGACAUCUCCCCCUUCCUCGGCGAGCGCACUCCCUCUUCUCUCCUUGCUCGCCAAGCGACGGCUGCCCAGGUCCACGACGCCUGCACUCGCUAUGGCUUCUUCUACUUGAGCGGGAUCGAGUCGGUCGUCUCGCAGGAAGAGAUGGACGAGGGGCUGAGCGUGGCGAGGGAGUUCUUCGGGCGGCCAGAGGAGGAGAAGGCGAAGUUGCGGAUCAAGAAGGGCGACGGCGCGAGAGGCUGGCAGAUGAUUGGCGAGAACGUGACGCAGUACAAGGCAGACUGGCACGAAGGCUGGGACGCGUACAAGCCCCUCUCACCCUCAGAAGAAGACGCCACGAAGCUCCUCCACGGCCCGAACCAAUGGCCCACCCACCCCUCCUCCUUCCGCCCCGUCCUCGAGCGCUGGGUCGAAAAGAUGCACGUUCUCGGCUACGCUCUCACAGAAGCGACCGCUCUCGCGCUAGGUAUCGACGUCGAAGGCGACUCGGACGAGUGGCGGAAGAUGCGGGCGUGGGUCGAGGACCCGUUCUGGGUCUUGCGUACGAUCGGCUAUCCCCCGCUUCCUGCAGAUGCAGAGGGAAUCUCCUGCGGCGCGCACAAAGACUACGGCUACUACACCCUCUUGCACGCCGACUCGACCCUCGGAGCUCUCCAAGUCUUCCUCCGCGACUCCUCCUCCUCCUACGAAACCGGCGGGACAUGGAUCAACGCGGAUCCAGUGCCGGGCACGUUCGUCGUCAACAUCGGCGAGAUGGUGGAGGUCCUUUCGGCGGGACUGUACAAGGCGACGCUCCAUCGGGUCGUACACAAAGCCCCGUCGUACCGCGUCUCGAUCCCGUUUUUCUUCGAGCCGUCGUACGAUGCGCUCAUCGAGCCACUCCCCUCUGCCCUCCGUCUCCGCUCCCAACUCUCCUCCUCCUCCUCGACAACCGAAGCGCCCAUCAAGCCCGUCCACUACGGCACCUUCCUCGCCUCGAAAGUGGCGGGCAACUUUGCGCUCGAGAAGGAAUACUGA